GUUCGCCGAUCAGGCGUGAAGAGCACCUCUGGCGGGCAGUACGUUCAGCAGAGAGUGGAAAGCAGCGGCAGCUAUGACAGUGGCGCCCAACGGGGCACUGUUCGCGCCCUGCCGCCACGACCCUCAUCCCCUCGCUACCAGCAAAGUGGUCAGUACUACCAGGAGGAACAGUACAGCGGCGGCGGUGGCAACCAACUGCAGCAGACUGGUCAGGCGGACGCCGAGCCGGCCAGCUACGGGGGCGUGCAGGGCGUGCCCGGCAAGGACUUUCCCGCUUAUGGGCAGGUGCCGCGGACCCGCUUCACCUGCUCGGGGGUGCCCUACGAGCCGGGCAUGUACGCCGAUGAGGAGACGCAGUGCCAGGCGUACCACGUCUGCUUCCAGGGCCGCAAGGAGAGCUUCCUCUGCGGCGUGGGCACCGUCUUCAACCAGGCCAUCCUCGCCUGCGACUACUGGCACUCCGUGGAGUGCUCACGCUCAAGGGAGUUCUACUCCGCCAAUGAGGAGCUGGGAAAGGCUGGUGCAGAGCCCAGUUCAGGCGGUGGGGGUAACACUCAGGGCAAAUGGCAACAGCAGCAGCAGCAACAGCAACGACAACAGCAGCAGAGACAGCAGCCUCGUCCCCAGCCGCCGCCCCGUCAGCAGUACCAGCAACAACAGCAGCAGCAGUACACCAGCAAUAACCAGUACGACCAGUCGGCA